AUGCCACCUAGAGGAAAACCCGCUGGCCGUGGGGGACCCGCGAGAGGUCGUGGUAAGGGGUCAGGGAAGAGAAGCUUUGGAGGAGCCCCCAAGUUCCAUACUGCAAGACUUGCCCAGAUCGAGGAAUCAGACAGUGAGGGAUCAGACGAGGGCAGUCCAUCCGAAGAAGAACCUGAGAGUGAAGCCUCUGAAUCUGAUGAGGAUGAGGUUCAGCCCACCCAAAAGCCUUAUCUGGCCCUGAUGGAGAGCCUUGCCAAGGAGUCGUCUGCCGCCCACAGUGCAAAGAGGAGAAAGUUGGAUCAUCAACCCAAGAAGAGUCAAGCAGCCUCGAAUGCCGAGCCAGACGAAGGGUCCCCCUCAGAUGAUGGGGAUGAGGAGACGGCUGAACAACAAGAUGUUGACCGGGUAGAAGAUCCAGAAGAGGAGCCGGAUGAGGGAAUAGUUAUCGGCGAAGAUGAUGGCGAGGAGGAGAUACCGGAUGCCUCUGAUCCCUUUGAGACUCAUUUUGUCACUCCUGACGAGAGCGAAUUCAUAAAGCGGUUAAAAGGGAUCCAGUCCGAUGACUACCAACCAAGGCAAAAUGAGCAGAACGGCUGGAGGCUUACGACGAGCAUACCUGGGAAAGAUUCAUCACAGACCAUGCGACUACCUACGACUAUACCUGGCCCAUCAGCCUUGAAGCUCAAGCAGAGGCUCGUGGAGUCUGCUAAUAAGAAGCGCCCCAAUUUCGACAAGCUUGAGCAGAUUCUAUAUCCGUUGGCAUUUGGAUACCACGACCUGUUGUUCUGUGGCCGCAACGUCAAGAAUGCGGAAAGUCUACGGCGGAUGGCAUGUUUGCAUGCAGUCAACCAUAUUUUCAAAACGCGAGAUCGUGUCAUCAAGAACAAUGCCAAGCUUGCAAAGGAAGGCGAGGAUACAGAGUUCGAGCCCCGAGAUCAGGGGUUUACCCGGCCCAAAGUCCUGAUGCUGCUGCCAACCCGCCAAUCCGCCGUCAACAUGGUCAACACAAUCUGCGCCCUAUGCGAGCCCGAGCAGCAGGAGAACCGAAAACGCUUCGACGACUCCUACAUCGACAAGGAGGUCAAGUUCACAAUCGACCGCCCCGAGGACUUCCGCGAGCUCUUCGAGGGGAACGACGACGACAUGUUCCGGAUCGGCGUCAAGUUCACGCGCAAGACCAUUAAGUACUUCUCGCAGUUCUACAGCUCGGACAUCCUGAUCGCCAGCCCGCUGGGUCUGCGCAUGGCGAUCGGGGCCGAGGAGGGCGACGGCGACAAGAAGAAGGCCGCGUACGACUACGACUUUUUGAGUUCCAUCGAGUUGGUGGUGGUCGACCAGGCCGACGCGCUGCUGAUGCAGAACUGGGAGCACGUCGAGCACGUGUUUGCGCACCUCAACCUGCAGCCGCGCGACGCGCACGGCUGCGACUUCGGCCGCGUGCGCGAGUGGUACCUCGAGAAGCAGGCGGCGCACUUCCGGCAGACGCUCGUGUUCUCGGCCUUCAACACGCCCGAGCUGGCAGAGCUGCACCGCCGGGGGGUCAACUGGGCGGGCCGCGCGCGCGUGCAGCCCGCGUCGUACGCGGGCGCGAUCCAGGACCUCGGCGGCGUGCGCGCCAAGCAGACGUUCUCGCGCUUCGAGGCGCCCUCGGCGGCGGCCGAGCCCGACGCGCGGUUCGCGUACUUCGUCAGCGCCAUCAUACCGACGAUGGUCAAGCGCGCGCGCGACAUGGCCGGCACGCUGAUCUUCGUGCCGUCGUACCUCGACUUCGUGCGCGUGCGCAACUACUUCGCCACGGCCGACGCCGUCGCCAGCCUCACGUUCGGCGCCGUGUCCGAGUACGCCAGCGUGGCCGAGGCGUCGCGCGCGCGCUCGCACUUCCUCAGCGGCCGCCACCGCGUUUUAUUGUACACGGAGCGCGCGCACCACUUCCGCCGUUACGCGCUGCGCGGCGUCAGCAGGGUUGUGUUUUAUGGCCUGCCGGACAACCCGGUCUUCUACCGCGAGAUAGCGGGCGGGUACCUAGGGCGCAGCGAGCAGGACCUUAAGAUUGAGCCGGGCCAGGGCACCGUGAGGGUUAUGUUCUCUAAGUAUGAUGUCCUGAGGCUGGAGCGCAUUGUUGGGUCGAAGAGGGUGGGCAAGAUGGUGCGGGAGAAGGGCGAUACGUUUGAUUUCGUCUAG